UUCCCUGUCCUCUCUAUGGUUGACUGUGUAGGACUCUCUGGUUUACGUCUAUGGUUCUGGAGCGUUUCCCGCCCGAAAAGAAAUUGGGAAACGACGUCUUAGGCGGCUUUUGUGAGUAUUCAGGAGCUCUGCAGAUUUGCCCCCACUUCUCAAGAUGUAUAUGUUGGUUGAAGACCACUCAAACUCUGUUCUUCAUUUGACGAGAUCACCUGGCAUUAGAUCUUGGUCUCUCCUUGUAGGGAUCUCCUCUGUAGGUCUGGCUGCUGCUUACUAUAGUGAAGACAGUUUGGGAUGGAAACUCUUUUAUCUUGCCGGCUGUCUCUUCGUAGCUGUGCAAAAUCUGGAGGAGUGGGAGGAAGCUAUAUUUCAAAAGGAUUCAGGAAAAGUUUUCCUAAAGACAUUCAACCUUUACAAGAAGCUGCUGACCCUGUCAAGGGCAGGUCACGAACAAGUGGUGGUUCCAUUGGAUGAAAUUCGGGCUGUGAAUGUGGAGGAGGAGAAAGUACGCUACUUUGGAAAGGGCUACCUAGUUGUCCUGAGAUUUGUCACUGGGUUUUCACACCCUUUGACGCAUUGUGCAGUGAUGGGCUGCAGAAGUGAUGUAGAAGCUGUGGCCAAGCUCAUUACUGGCUUUCUGGAGCUGAACAAAGUUCCAGCGAACAAGUAUAUUGAGAACAGCAGUGAAACAGAUGUCAGUGAUGAAGAGGAACCCUUCCCAGAAAUCUACGGUAGCAGCUGUUUAGAGACACCAGAAGAACCUGAUUUUUAAACCCUUCCUUUCAUCCCCCGUGAAAUGAAUCUUUUAUUAGAAUUUCCUUACAUGUGGUUUUAGAGAAACAAAACUGAGCAAAGCUAUUGGCCUGGUUUAGAUGAUCACCUAGGACAGCCUUGAAUUUGAGCAUUUCCAUUUUACCUCUGUGUGCGAGAGAGGAGUGAAAGCUUUUGUUUUCUUGUUAGAACAAACCAAAGUUUUGUAUUGCAUUGGGAAUUGUGACCAGUUCUGAAACUAUGGUUUGAGCCGGAUUGGUUUUUUUGUUUUUUAGAAGAAAGCACUGUUCAUAAAUAAUGUUGACCUGUGGUUUUAAGGCUAAGCUUUCACUCUCCUCUUGUGUGUGAAGGGGAAGAGGGACAAGGGGAGCCCAAGGCAUACCAGUUUGUUCCUGAUAAUUUAAACCAUGGUUUAGAUGAUCUCCCGAACCCAGACCUUUAUAUUGCCUUACACACAUGUCUUCAGAAGACUUGUUAGCUCAUUGGUGGGAGACUAGUAUCUUCAUUUUUAUAUUUUGCCAUGAGUUUGGUGACAGCAGAUGAACUUUCUAUUACUACUGUAGAAGUAUGGUUUCUAUGUGUGAACAUUUUUUUUUUUUUACUAUUCUUCAAAGGAAAUUUCCAGUGUAGUAAUAGAUAUACAAACUCUGGAUUUUUUAAUUUAAAAAACCCACACAACAAUGGAAUAGAUUUUUGCAUGUUGGGGCUGUAGGUACGAGUCCAACCUUUCAAGAUGUUACUUUUUUAAAAAAUGGAAGAUGGGAAAUUUCCAAGUGAUUUAGACAGUAAGUUUUAUUUAUUUUUUAUUAUAAAAAAGUAUUAAGAUCUAUGUCAGGGUGAGGAUUCUGUGCCCCUCUGGAUCUUCCAGGACUCCAGGUCCAACGAACCUUUGCCAGCAAGGCCAUGCUGGCUGGGGCUGUUAGGAGCUGGGAGUCCAGGAACAUUCAGAGGGCUGCGGAUUCCCUGAUCUGCCAUUGGUUUUGAGUUUUUUUCAAAAAAUAUAUACCUCAUUUUAUAAGAGCUUUUAAAUUUCUUGAUUUACAUGUAUCCUUUUGUUUUCCUAUUCAUGGUUGAUACUUUAUGAGCAGCUAAGGGUAGAAGAUUGUAAAUGCUUGUCAAGCAGAAAUUUUACUUCUGAUCACUCCCGCUACUCUUAAGUAUUCUUUAGGUGUCAAUUGCAACAGUAAAACUGUUUUAUAAAGUGGCGUUUCAGCCUUUAUACAUUUUUUUGUAAAGGUCCCUGUACUGUUUGGAUAUCCAGUGUUAAUAUUUCUUAUUGGAUCCUUGAUUCUUAUGGAACUUUCUUCUUUUAUGUUUCCUUUUAACUAUAACAUGUAUAUGUAUAUUUGGCUUUUAAAAGUACUAUUAACAAAGUUUGUAAGAAGCUAAAAAAAAGCUUCCUGCAGGUACUUGUACAUUUCACAUAGGGCACAAUGAAUGGUGUAAAAGAAUGCAUCAUUUAAGUACACAAAGCUUGUAACUCUUAAGAUAAUACGUGUAAUUGUAAGUAUUCUAUAAAAUUUGAGAGGCUAUA